CUGCACCCUAAGAAGAUUACCCCGAAUGAGCUACUACAGCGUAGCAAUAGGUGAGGGGAGCUGGGGAUGGACUCGGCGGUAUAUCAUGGACCCAAGCGGUGUUAGUUAGGUACAGAUCAAUAAUGUCCUCUUCUACCAUGACCAUCGCCUCCAACAAUUAUUUCGGUCCUUCUUGCGCAUCCACCGUGAUACUGCCGGUACGAGCAUCAAAAUAGAACGUUCGAAGGAUAUAUCGAAGUGUAUAUAUAUCGACGGAAUAUCAGGUUGAAAAGACGAAAUUCGAAGUGCAACCACAACUUCAUUGCCAAGAUACGCGGCCAUAGCUUCAUCUCAAGUCUUUAUAUUCGUUCGAACCGAUCAACAUCAUAAGAUGAAGGCAGUCUUCGCAUUGGUCUUUCCUGGCCUUGUCACUCUAGUGAAAGGUCACGGAUAUCUCACUACCCCGAAGAGCCGUACUCGCCUUGGAUUCGAGGCCGGCAACGAUACCUGUCCGGAAUGUACUAUCCUCGAGCCGGUGACAGCUUGGCCCGACCUAGACUCGGCCCAGGUCGGACGUAGUGGUCCUUGCGGGUACAAUUCCCGCGUGAGCGUCGAUUAUAAUCAGGCCACUGAAAAAUGGGGUACCGAUACCGUAGCCACAUACGCACCAGGCGAUACUAUCGAAGUGCAGUGGUGCGUCGACCACAACGGUGAUCACGGCGGGAUGUUCGCAUACCGUAUUUGCCAGGACCAGGACAUUGUCGACAAAUUCCUAGACCCCACCUACCUUCCUACUGACGAUGAGAAGCAGGCUGCCGAAGACUGCUUCAAUGAAGGUCUUCUCCCAUGCACUGAUGUAGACGGACAGGACUGCGGUUACAACCCCGAUUGCACUGAAGGCCAGGCCUGUUACCGCAAUGACUGGUUUACUUGCAAUGGUUUCGAUAAUGGGGACCAGACCAAGUGCCAGGGCGUUGACAACUCAGCCUUGAACUCAUGCACCACCACUAUUUCAGGUGGUUACACCGUGACCAAGAAGAUUAAGCUCCCAGAUGGCUUCACGUCUAACCACACGUUGCUCUCAUUUAAAUGGAAUUCAUUCCAAACCGCUCAGAUAUAUUUAAGUUGUGCGGAUCUAGCCAUCGUCGACGGCGGGUCUGCAACUCCCACAAAAACGACAGCAACUAGUGCGUCCACCUCGACCGCGGCAUGCACCGCCGCCGCCAACAGUGUUGCGCUGACGUUCAACCAGGCCGCCGUAACCACUUACGGAGAAACAAUUAAGAUCGUGGGUUCAAUCCCCGAACUUGGAAGUUGGGACGUGGGCGCUGCGCCCGCGCUCUCAGCUGCGAAGUACACGACUGCGAACCCUCUCUGGACUGUUACGCUGAACCUUGCACCUGGUCGCAAGUUCGAGUAUAAGUUUGUCAGGGUCGCGGCCGAUGGAACGGUGAAAUGGGAGAGCGAUCCGAAUCGUUCGUUCACAGUGCCAAGUUCGUGCACAGCGAGUGUGGCUGCUGUGGAGGGGACGUGGCGGUAGAGGGAUUCAGCUCGGACUUUUUCAGGGGGCUGGUUUUCAUUAACCGAAAAGCCUUUUGUUGGUAAAUACUUUUCUCCAUAAGAAAUAUUUCUGUACCUUUAAUUACAUUUUCGAUGCAAUUCUAUACUCAAAGACAAGAUAUGAUCCGUCGAAGAUCUUCACGCCUACUGAAUCUCAAUUCCUCGCGUCAUCAUUCAAUCAUCUCUUCUAGACAUCUACCCUCCUAAUCCACCAGUGAUAGGCCAUAAAAUUCAAAUGCGUUUGGUCAAUAUGGAGAAAGCACAUGAGGGCGUCAUUGAC